AUGCCACGUAAUCAACUUAUGAUGCAUAUCUCAACAUUCGUUCUGUUUUUAGCAGCAGUAUCUACAUUACUUCAGUAUAUUCGAAUGAGUCCAAUAUGGAUGCGAGCAAAGAUAUUACAGAUGAAUCUUUUUAAAGGUAUUGAAUCACGUACGGACGUCUUUGAACAACGCAGUGACAUUAUCGCCACGCGUUUAUAUAUUUUUCUUCUCGUCGUUCUUACUGUCGUUCUUUUUCUCUACACUACGUUCGCUGUACAAAUUCGCUCAGUGACAGUACCCUAUCCAUCACAAGACACAUACGAACGACUCCAAGCUCUAUACCCAACAGCUCUUAAAUGUCCCUGUGAGGAUAUCAGCAUAAAAUAUAGCUCAUUUAUUUCGAUUUCGCCUACAUAUCAUCCGGUGUGCUCCAGUAUUUUCCUAGCUGAUCCAUGGAUUAAUUCAAUCACCGCUGCUGACCAAAGUAGUUCGGACAAUAUUCGUCACUAUCAGGACGACUUUAUUCUAGGCGGUCAAGAUUUCUCUACUACACUCGCCUCUUUCUGCGAGCUUGCUCAAGCCACAGUCAUGGACGCAAUUCGCCAUUUUAAUGAAACAUCGAUUAUUACAUCGUUAGUUCUCCCGCCACAAGGUGAAUUCACUGCCCGAGUUCAGUUAGCCAUUGAUCAAUUUAUAUUGAGCACGCCGAAAAGUUUUCAAAGAACGCUUGAGCUCAUUCGCUAUCAUGCUCAAGGCAAUCAGCUAUUGACAACGACGUCCACGAAUGGUGGCCCAUUGAUUUUGCGUCGAGAAUAUGCAAACGGCACGGUCGUAUAUCUCGUUUAUUCAGCUACUAAUAACUUAUUCAAAACCUCCAAUGGAAGUUCAUGUUCAUGUGCUCUUACCGAUCAGUGUCAAUCGAAUUUGGGAUUCUAUCUUUUCGAUAGUGCGAUCAGUUUAUAUCCAUUGGGUUAUCUUUUUGCUCUUCCAUCGAUGUUUAUCGGAUGUCUAGCAACUGAAGCCGUGCUUCAAUCAUCACUUGAAUGUUACUUCAAUCAGACUUGUGUGGAUGCGAUUCAAGAUCAAAUUCGUUCGCCCCAAUCACUAACUAAUGUGUCUGCACUCAGCUACAACGGAACCAGAUUUUCAUCUACAACGCUCAUUGAGACAUUGAUCGACAUGCUCAUGGUCGACAAAUGGGCCUCAUCAACUUCAUUCUCACAAUAUUAUGCACAAUGUGCUCCUGCGUUAUGUGUCUAUACUUAUUCAUCAAGGUACAACUGGCUUUACGUGAUCACUACAUUUAUCUCUUUGUUCGGUGGUCUGAGUUCUGUUUUGCGACUCUUUGUACCGGUUGUAGUUAGAUGGAUACGAAAUAAGAAAUAUCAUCGUGAUCAGCAGUCACCGCUAGAUACACCUUGGCAUCAACGUAUUCGUCUUGCAUGUCGUUUACUCUAUACACACUUGAUGAGGCUUAAUUUGUUUGAAGACGUUCGCGCUGUCCACAAUGAACAUCGCCGACACACGCAAAUAUUAACCACUCGUAUCUACAUAAUUAUGUUGCUCAUUAUCAUCUGUAUUCUUGCUGCCUACAAUGGCCUAAGUAUUCAGUUGCAAAAUGUUACCGUGCAAGAGCCAUCAUUAAAUGCCUAUGAGCAGCUUCAAGCAAAGUAUGGAUCUACUCUCGAUUGUCCAUGUCGGAAUAUCAGUGUGCCUAAAGGUGAAUACAUUUCAAUUGUGCCAAAGAUUCAUCCAGUGUGCUCCAGUUUCUUUGUGUCAACUGCAUGGCAAUCAGCUUUGUAUAGCAUCACGGGACCUGUAUAUAAAACCUAUCGAGACUAUCGUGCUUCGACUCUGUUUCACUUCGAACUUCUUGCCAUGCUCUGUCAGCUAGCGAACGAUACGAUGCAAGAUGCACUUGAACUGUUUGCAGCAGAUACUAUUGUAAACACUCGACUACAGGCACGUAUGAUCAUGAAUGAACAAGCGAAAUUGCUUAUUGAUCAAUUUCAAUUGUCGACACCGAAAACAUUUAUUCGUACACUUGAUUUUGUUCGUCGUAUGACACAAGGCAAUGCAAUUAUCACCGGUCCCUUAACAAACUGGAUUUUUGUCACAUCGCACACUAACGAUAACUACGCGAUGCUGUAUAGCAAACCUCGAGCGUUUGCUAAUCAGAGUUGCUCUUGCGGUAUGAAAGCGACAUGUGUAGAGCCCGCAAUUAUCUUUGAUAAUGAUUAUGACGAUGAUGACCCAGCAGCUGGUGGUCAACCGGUGCCGGGCAUGUUGAUCGGCUGCUAUCCGAUUGAAUCAUUACUACAAUCGACAUUAGUCUGCCUCUAUAAUAAGACAUGUGUCAGCCUAUUGAUGAAUGUUAGUACUGACUAUAGCGUUCCCUAUCUUGAUUCAGAUCUAGCAAUGUCCAAUCAAACCGUACAAAUGUUGGUCAAUGCACUUUUUGUGGAGACAUGGGCAACAAAUGUCCAGUACGAUGCUUACUUUAUUCAAUGUAAACCUGUUUCAUGUACGUAUACAUUAAAUGAACGACAAUCUCCAUUCUAUGUACUGUCACGGAUAAUCGGCCUGUAUGGCGGUUUAAUAACUGUACUCAAACUACUCGUACCCAUUCCAAUCCAAUUAGUACGAGAAUUGUUUUUGUAUCGGCAAAAUCUCGUACAGCCUAUUCAAUGA